CGAGGGCGGGCCGUGUGACGUAGAGCUGAGGCUCUGGCUGUUUAUUGUUCCUUCCUCACCGCCGACAGAGAAAAACGGGCUAAGAAGCUGUCAGCUAUCUUUUUCACACGGUUCACGUUUGGCUUAGCGAAGGUGUAACGGUCAAGACAACUCACUGUACAAAACAGGGGCCAUGGCGUAUGCGUACCUCUUCAAAUACAUCAUCAUCGGAGACACGGGUGUGGGGAAGUCAUGUCUAUUACUACAGUUCACAGACAAGAGGUUUCAGCCAGUUCACGACCUCACUAUCGGUGUGGAGUUUGGAGCGAGGAUGAUCACUAUAGAUGGCAAACAGAUCAAACUGCAGAUCUGGGAUACGGCUGGUCAGGAGUCGUUCCGCUCCAUCACCCGGUCUUACUACAGAGGAGCAGCUGGAGCGCUGCUAGUCUAUGACAUCACAAGAAGGGACACCUUCAACCACUUGACGACCUGGUUAGAGGACGCUCGCCAACAUUCCAACUCCAAUAUGGUCAUCAUGCUUAUUGGCAACAAGAGUGACCUGGAGUCAAGGAGAGAGGUGAAGAAAGAAGAAGGUGAAGCAUUUGCCAGAGAACACGGCCUCAUAUUCAUGGAAACCUCAGCCAAGACUGCUUCUAAUGUAGAGGAGGCUUUCAUCAACACAGCCAAGGAGAUCUACGAAAAGAUCCAGGAGGGAGUCUUUGAUAUCAACAAUGAGGCUAACGGUAUUAAGAUUGGACCCCAGCAUCCUCCCAACAACUCGCCACUGUCUGGUACCCAUGGAGGCCAACAGCCUGGAGGAGGCUGCUGCUGAAGCCCCAAAACACACUCCCUGCUCCUCCUCCUCCUCGCCCUCGCCCUCUCCAACCCUCCCUUGCGUUUCUACAGAACUGUCCAGGCCCCACUAACAGUUUGUUAACCCCUCUCUCUCUCUCUCUUUCUUCACUGCUCCAUUCUGUCAUCCAUCCCUCCCUCCCUCCCUCACUGUGUCUUUUUCUCUCAGUCUUUCCUUAGUCUUCUGACCAUAUCCUAGGGUCUAGAGACUAUGUCUCCAUAAACCAACCUGACUUCCUACAGUCUCAGGAGGACAGAGUCAGCUUCACCUGCAGAUUUAGCCAACAAGUUCUGCAGUUCACCUUUUUUUUGUUUGCUUAGAUAAACAGAUUUUAAUCUUUUUAUUUUAAAAUGCUGGAAUGUGAAGAAUUCUCUUCCAGUGGUUUCAUUUUGACGCUCAUAAAAACAAAGCAUCAAAACAAACAGUAUAUCUUCGUUAACGGUGAUUUGACUUUGUCCAGAUAGAGGCAGGAUUUUGGGUGGAGAUUAAACACACUCUUAACAACUGACUGUAUGGAAUAAAUCAUGCACCGUGUUGUGUCUAUACACACAUCUGGGCAUGUUCUUAAAGAAAAUGACGCAGCACGUUGAUAGCGGGACAUGUUUCCACAUGUUGACUCAGUUUUCAUGCUGUGCCUGCGUGUAUAGGGAUGAUAUAGGUAUUCCAGUAUGUCACUUUGUAAGGUGUAGGAGGCAUUCAAGUUGCUCUGUAUUUUUUUUUGUUUGUUUCUAUAAAAACAAAGUGCAAAUGAUGUUAUUUUUUGCAUCCUGUCCCUAUUCUUCAUCAUGCUAUUUUGUUCUCUCUCUGUCUUUGUGUCAUAUUUGUUGACUUGCAGGUAAUUUGUAUUUAAUGAACACUACAAACUGGUUGUGACAAAAAAAAAAAAGUGUUUUAAAUUGUUUGGGGAGAGAAUAAAAUACCAAACUGUUGAGUGUGAACAUGGAUCCUUUUUGGAACAACAGCAAAGCAAGAAAGUUAAAGAAACGUUAAGGGAUGUUGAGAGCAGUGGCCCCCAUUAUGAAGUUAAUAAGUAAAAAGAGGAAAAUAGAUUGGAAAUAGAGAUUUGUUUUGUUUUUUUAACUAUAUUUAAUGGGCACAUUUCUGUGUAUAUAUGGCUCUUUCUUUAAGUAUCUGUAGCUUUUUUGGCAUGUUGUUGCGGUCUAGUUGUUUCUUUACCAGGGGCUGGAAAGGAGGCCAUCUUGGACUUUGAAGCAGCUUUUAAGCAUUUUUAACAAUUCUCAUUUAAACCCAAAGGUACUGAACCCGCCCUGUUACAUUAGGGUCGGUGGUGCCCUUUCUUUUAAAUGACAAGUAUGAAUGAUAACAGGCUGUUAACAGUACCAUGUAGAGGCAUUCAGAGUCCCUGGUGGAGAACAGACUCCAACUGAAAAUGUCAAGGCGCCUCCCUUUUUAAGCAAGCUAAGAUUUCCACCAUGAAUUAGCUGGCAGAUAUAUAAUGUAUGCUGUUUAGAGCUUGAUUGAUGACUGCUGCAAUGUUUUUUGCUUCGGGAUCCCCAGUGUAAUAGACAUCAUUUAACUAUUAUGAUCAUAUUUUACUGCUUCGGUUAUUGUUCACCCAUCUUUCUCACUCCCUCUUCUCUGUCUCUCUCAGACUUUGUGGUAACAUUAUAUCUUUCCUUAUUUUUUUAUGCCAAAUUAUUGUGUUUACCUGUGUUUUGUCAGAAAAACAAACAAACAAAAAUCAAGGAAAAGACUCUCGUAAGCCCCUAUAAUCUGUCCUGAAGUCAGCUGUCUGCCUUAACUCCACCACUGUGAGAGAUUUGGACAGCUGCUAAAAGAAAUGAAACUGACCAUUUAUCUGCAGAUUGGUAUCUUACCAGUAACCAGCUAGUUGACGACUCAUCACACAUGCACAGGUGCACGCUUAGGGACAAAAGUAAAGUUGUAGAAAAAGGCCUAGUUUGAACUUCGUGUAUGAAUUGGGGCAUUUGAAAUAAAUCCAACCCCACGUGUUAACAUGUUUUCUUUCCUUCCCCUUCAUGUGCACACACACCCAGCCUGCAUACAGUAUAUGCAUGCAUACAUACAUGAUGCAUACAUAUAUUUCUGUUUAUCACACUUAGCUGUUUCCUCUCCAGGAUAACCAUAUAACUGUAGGGAGGUUUAUUUUUGGGGUUUCACAGCCGUGAAUCUGUUUUCCUCUGCAGUGUGUUCUUCUCUUUUUCUUUUUUCUUUCUUUUUUUUUUCUUUUUGUUCCUAGAUAUACUCAGACAGUUAUUAAUCUUAUUCUGAUGAUGAUUAUUCUUUGUAAAGCAAAAUGUAGUAUGUGUCUGUGUGUGCGUGUGUGUAUGUGCGUGUGUGCGUGUGUGUGGACCCAGAGGGGGGGAGGAUCAAGCCAAACCUGACACAUCUAUCUAUCUAUGGAUUGAUCUAUCUAUCUUAUCUAUGUGGCCCUCCUCUCGCGCUCUUCCUGCCUCUCCUCCUCCCCCCUUAACGUUAUUUGCCGUGUUUGUUCUUUGGAAAAAAUAAAACUUAAAAAAAAAGAAAAACUGAAAAUGCUAUCACAAUAAAGUAUAAUAAAACAUUCUAAACUCUAAACAUGUCAUUUUGAUGGUUAUGUGGAGAUGGAAAAAAAAUACAGUGUUUGAAAAGAAAA